AUGCGAAAGUAAGUCAUUUUUGCAGUGACUUUAUUGUUUUUUUGGGGUUUGUGUUUUGGUUUGUUGACAUUGUUUUUGUUAUAUUGACAUGGUUUUUUAAUUUUAAAACUAAAAGUGACUUUUUCAUUUCAAAAACUUAAAUUGGCUUUGAUAUAAGCAUAAACUUCCUUUUUUGGAAAGUCAAAAAUUUAGUUUAUAAGCCUCAAAAAAACGAAUUUUAAGCCUAAAAAUGAGACUCAUGACCCAGAGGUAAUGUGUUCAGACCUAAAGUUCUUUUUAACCUUAAGUUAAUUUUUAAAAUUCUUGUUUUAUGCCUAAAAUUCACUUUACAAGCCUACGAUUCAUUUUAGAAGCGUAAAGGUCAUUUUCUAAGCCUGACGUAUUUUUUAAGCCUAAACAUUAGUUUCUAUGCCGGAAACUUGUUUUAGACUAAACGUAAUGUUUUCAAGCCUAAAACUUACUUUAUAAGCCUAAAAUUCAUUUUAUAAGCCUAAAAUUUAUUUUGCAAGCUUAAAAUUUGUAUUCUAAUCGUACAGCUAAUUUUUUAAACCAAUGAUAAAUUUUAAGCCUAAAAUUCAGUCUUAAAAACUAAUAUUAACUUGUAAACCCAAUUUUCAUUUUUAAAACCCAUAAUUUUUACAGUAUUUUCCACGCCUGGAUCUCAAAUUAUAAAAAUGUAGUGAUCUCAAUUCUGUCCUUAAUAAUUCUCCUUCUUCUCUACUUUCGACAGCCAAAUGUUGUUUAUAUGAUGGAUAAGUCCUCAAACAAAGUUAUAUUACCAUUUGGAAGUGGCAAACGACAUGACAUGGGUGAAUGUAAGCCUAUUUAUGGCAAAGUUGGCGUGUUUGUGGCAUUCAGGAAGGCACAGUAUGAUACGUAAGUUAAAAUGGCAAGAACUUUUUUUACAAUAGUAAAUAUGGCAAGAACUUUGUUUACAAGAAUAAAAAUGGCAAGAACUUUCUUUACAAAACAUAAAAUGGCAAGAACUUUGUUUACAAAGCAUAAAAUGGCAAUAACUUUCUUUACAACUCUUAAAAACAACAAUACUAUUUCAGAAAAUACAAGAUAGCUCAAGAUACGUUGCACUGUUACCUAAAAGGCACCAACUACGAAGCCUUCUUCGUCGAAAUCUUCGACGAUCCAGAAGUCCAAAAACAUUGUCAUCAUGAGGAGAUUUUCUUCCUCAAACACUGUGCAGCUUCUGUGUAUUUGAAAAAAGUCGACUGGUUACUGGUGUUGGAUGCAGAUACGAUGGUUGCCAAUCCAAAUCAUUGUAUCGAGGAGUAUAUCGAUGAACGGGUCAAUGUCAUAUUGUACAACCGGUUUUUUAACCAUGAAAUUAUGAGUGCCAACUAUUUGGUGAGCUCCUAUAUUGUUUUAGAGGGUUAUUUUUAAUUUUUGGGAGCCCUGCAGGCUGCGGGGGACAUGUAGUACGAAGAAUCGAAUUUUUGAUUCGUUUUGGGCACUGUAAACAAAGUUUUUGCCCUUUCGUGAUUUUUAAAGAAAGUUCUUGCCAUUUUUUGUUUUUUAAAGAAAGUUUUUGCAAUUCCAUGUUUUGUAAAGAAAGUUCUUGCCAUUUUUUGUUUUGUAAAGAAAGUUCUCGCCAUUUUAAAACAAUUUCCAAAUUUUCAGGUCAAAAAUACCCAAUUCGGCCAUGAUUUCCUUAUGGGAUGGGCCGAUUAUCAAUAUAAAAAGCCAAACAGCUUCAAUGCGGCCGACAAUGGAGCACUACAUGUAAGUAUAACACCCUUUUAUGAUUUGUAAAGAAAUUUAUUGCAAUUUCUUCCUCUCUAAUGGCUUCUUAUACCUAAUUUACAAAAAAAAACUUUUCAGAUCCACGUUCUCGAAACAGUACUGCCCCAGGCGAAGCCCGAGAUCGCGACCUGUCUCGAAAUGUGGGGUGAAGGCAAAGAUUACGACGAAUACCUAGCCUACGUUCAUUGUGUCCGCUACAUGUUAGGAGCGAAUCGACUAUUCCCCGGUAAAAUACGCAUCCUAAAACGUGGUCUCGGCAUGGCCAGAGACGGGUUUUUGGCCGUCGACAAAUUCUGCGACAACGAUUUCAUGUUUCACGGCCAUAAACAGAAUGAAAUCGGUGAGGGUGGCUGGGAAAGCCCUUUUGAGGUAAGGUUUAGGUAAUAUUAAAUGCUAAUAAAGGUAGUUUAUUUUUAUUUUAUACCAACAUUACUAAGUUUUUACUGAGAAACCUCAAUUUGUAUAACAAAAAGUAAAACUUUUACCUAAAUUUGCCUGCAAUUUCAAGUUAACAUGAUCCGUUAAUUCUUUCGCAUUAUAAAAAUAAGCAAAACGUUUUACAUAAUCUUUUAAUUAUGUUUUGCAACCUAUUUGCUUAAAAUAUCGCCAUUUACGCAUAAUUUCGUUCACACCUUCACCUGAUAUCAGUACCCAGCAGACUUUUCCAAUUUUAUCGCUAAUCUUCUAAAUAUUAUCUAAACAUCAAACAAACAGCAAGAACAAACAUAAACCUACGUUUCUUGAAAAUUUCAUCAAAUUCCAUGAAGCUUCCACAAAGUUAUACGUAGUUUUCCCAGGCGACAUCUAAUAUUAGCCAUGUUCCAGAGACCAGUGAAUGUUAGCCAAUGUGGAGCUCAUUAUGAAGGAUGGUACUGGAGAAAUAACAAGCGUGUCGCCUGUACUGAAGUCCAACAACAUCUGCGGAGCUUCGAGUCGGGUUACGACGCACCAAACGUCAGUCGAGUUAUACCAUUUCUGGAUCGAAACGAUGUUGGGCAAUGUUGGCCGUAUUGCGACUUUAAUUAG